UUGGCUGAGCGCCGCAGCGAAAGUUGAGCUACGGAAGCGGAACACGUCCGUCGCUGGACGGAGCGGAGGCUUUUAACGGAGUUACAAACGCCGCUGAAAAGGCUCUUUCUGCGCUCUACAGCAUGGAUGGCGCGCAGAGGACACGCGUGUCUCUGCUCGGAUGUGUCGCGCUGUUUAUCGGCGCCCUUCACGCGUUCAGUCCCAUGGACAGCGAGUUCACGUUCCUGCUGCCAGCUGCCAGCAGAGAGUGUUUCUACCAGAGCGCCGUUCAGAACGGCAGCAUCGAGAUCGAGUACCAGGUGAUCGCUGGAGCAGGUAUGGAUGUGGAUUUCUCCGUCGUCUCUCCUCAGGGGAUCCACCUGGUCUCCGAGUUUCGCCGUUCCGACGGCGUUCAUAUGGUGGAGUCCACGGAGGCAGGAGACUAUCAGAUCUGCUUCGACAACAGCUUCAGCAGGUUCUCCGAGAAGAUGGUCUUCUUCGAGGUCAUCCUGGACCACCCGGCCAAUGACGCCGGAGCGGACGACGAGUGGGCGGGGCUUGGAGAGCCCGAGAGCCUAUUAGAGUACAAGCUGGAUGAUAUAAAGGAGUCGAUGGAGACGGUUCACCGGCGGCUAGAGCGCAGUCGGCAGAUGCAGACGGUCCUGCGGGCCUUCGAGGCGCGCGACAGGAACCUGCUGGAGGACAACCUGUGGCGGGUCUCCUUCUGGUCCUGUGUUAAUCUGCUGGUGCUGCUGAGUGUGGCGCUGACGCAGGUCUACACCGUCCGCCGGCUGUUUGACGACAGGAGGAGAGUCUGCUCCUGAGACCAGAGCCUUCGCUCGGACGAGCCUCCCACGCAGAUAACAACAAUAAUAAUAAUAGUGAGAGACUGCAGACGAAUCGCCCGGCCCAGCAGAGGUGAUCACGCUUCAUCUGCUGUGAGGAUGCAGGACGUUACGUAUCUGUCCGUUUCAUGUCUUCCUAUCGCCUGAUUGUUCAUAGUUUUGUCUUUUUUUUAGUCCUGUCGUUUCAUGACGCGAGAUGAUGCUGUUUUGGGAAAAUGUGAAAAUGUGCUGUUAUCGUCAGCAAUGGGAAUCUUCUGUACAGCUGUGUGCUUUUUUUAAAGAGUUUUACACAUUAAAUCUAAUAAAAGGGGUCAUAUGUUUGUACACGGUGUCUAUGGUGUUCACUGAUCCGGUUCAGUGUUAAAUCAGCUAUUUGUCUUCUCAUUACUUUCAUGGUUAAUUUGCAAACAGUUUGUAUAGUAAUUGAGUAUUAAAGGUAGUUGUAAUAACUAA